AUGUGGUACCUGGAGGCCAGUCGAGACUUGGCCCCCGGCGCUGAGAUCCUGCGUGAGCCAGCUCUGGUCGCCGGGCCAAAACAGGUCACCACGCCGGUGUGCCUGGGCUGCUACAAACCACUCACAGCACCUCCUGCUGCUGCGGCGUCCAGCAGCAGCAGCAACAGUCGAGAUGACCACGACACAUCAGCAGCAGGCGCCGACAAUAAAGACUCCUCCUCCUCCUCCUCCUCCUUCUCUUGGUGUUCGUGUCCCGGCUGUGGCUGGCCGCUCUGCUCUCUCGCCUGCGCCACUGCUGCGUGCCACGCCGAGUCGGGCGAGUGCGACGCCUUGAGUCGUGGUGGCGGCGGCGGGAGUGGCGAAAGAGGAAAGCCGCCUGUGAUGGUCAAGUUCAAGGACGCGUCCGAGCCGUGUCCGCAGUACGAGUGCAUCAUUGUGUUGCGAGCGUUGCUGCUGCGUGAGAGAGACCCGCUGCGUUGGAGACUGCUCAUGCUGCUCCAGUCGCAUGAUAAUGCUGCUGAUGCUGCUGGAAAUGAGGAAGAAGGAAAUGGGCCGUGUGUUGAGGAUUCCCCUCCUGCUGCUGCUGCUGCUGCUGCUGCUGAUGAUGAUGGUGGCAUCCAACGACCCCCAGAACUGGUCCACUACAUCAACGUGAAUAUAGUGUCUUACAUUCGAGACCACCUCCACUUGGGCGACAUCUUUUCCGGAGACAUUGUUCGUCGCGUGGCCGGCAUUGUUGAUAUCAACGCAUUCGAGCUGAAGGAUGGCGACAGGCUCUACUGCGGCGUCUUCUUCAUGAGCGCCAUGAUGGCGCACAGUUGCGUCGUCAACACAAGCCACUCGUUAUUCCUCUCUAAAACUGACGCCGAACAGCAAGUCCAACGCGAUGAUGAUGAAGAGCAGCAAGUUCUUUUGGUAAUACGAGCCACAGUUCCGAUCCCACACAACGCCAGCAUCGUCACAUCGUACGCACCAGCCUUGGACGGCACUCUGGCUCGCAGACCGCACCUCUUGCGUGCUAAGCUCUUUGCGUGCACUUGUGCGCGCUGCGCUGAUCCCACGGAACUGGACACGCUUUUCGGAGCCAUCAGAUGCUGUCACGCAUCCUCGGGAUGCACAGGCGCUCUGAUCUCGGAGCAGCCCUUGGACGACAUGGCGUCCUGGGCGUGUAGUAAUGCACCGGACUGCGAUGCGCGGAUGUCAGUGGAUGAUGUAUUGAAAGCCGUGGAUGAUGUCACCAGGGAUGUGGAGAAAGCAGGCGAGGAUGUGGUUCGACUUGAGCAGGUGCUGAAGACUCAGAGGGCGUUGGCAGACACGCAUUACGUGGUGUUCGGGGUGAAGGCGAGCUUGGCGCAGCUGUACGGACGGGUGCCGCGGUUCUUGCUGAGGGACUUGCCGGCGGGGCUGUUGAAACGUAAAGAACAGUUGUGUAGGGAGGUUUUGGAUGUCCUAAGGGUGCUCGAGCCGGGGUUCUCUCGGAUGCGAGGGUUGCUGCUGUAUGAAUUCCAUGCAGCGGUAUUGAUGCGAGUGAACGCGUUGUUCGAUGGGGACGCGAGUCCAGCAGAAUGUCUACCGCUCCUGGUUGAGGCUCGCGCUGCUCUUGCGGAAAGCGCGCUGAUUCUAGGCAUGGAACCCGCCCGGGCUGUGGAAGGUCGGAUCGGCCGAACAGCAGCCAGCCAAGUUGCUGAGUUGGAUGACUGGAUCCAUAGAGUGGGAGCUAUCGUCUGA